GCCAAACGCUCUCGUGCUCAAGUGAGGGUGUGACAAUAAGCGCUGAGUGUGUAUUUUGUUCUUGCUGUUUUUGCCAUUGAGACAAAGCGGAACGCAAAGCGCAGCAGUGGGUCCCGAGCACUGGCCCUCUAGUAAUGACGACCUAAACGUUUUAGGCCGGUUUCUUGUGCACUGCGAACAUGACAACCGCCGAAGAAUCGAAGGUAGUCGACGCGAAAGUCGUUUUGCUUGGAGCGUUAGGUGUCGGUAAAACGAGCCUCAUCACAAGAUAUUCUCAAAAGAAAUUUGUCGGCACAACGUCUCCCACAAUAGGGGCAUCGUUCACAACGCUUAGAGUGAAUGUGGGUGAUGCCAGGGUGAGAAUACAGCUGUGGGACACGGCAGGCCAAGAGAGAUUCAGAGCAAUGGCACCUUUGUACUACAGGAAAGCAAAUGCCGCCAUUGUUGCAUACGACAUAACUUCUAUUAGCAGCUUUGAAGCCAUGAAGCAGUGGGUUUUAGAACUGAGGAGAAAUGUAGAAGAGGCCAUCGUCCUGGUUCUGGUGGGGAACAAGUGCGACCUGAUGCAGCACCGUGCGGUUGACCGAGAUAUGGCGGAGAAGUACGCCCGUGAUGUAGGAGCGUACUUCUCAGAGUGCUCAGCACUCAGCAACGAAGGCAUCGACGAAAUGUUUCGGCACCUGGCGCUUCGGAUCGUUGAGUCGGAAGAGAAGGCUGCAGCAAGUAGGCAGAACCAUGUGGAUCCUGGCAGCAUACCCACUGACCCUUCACUUUAUGGAUCAUUGGACACCUUCACAUUGUCAAAGACACUCCGGAUAGACCGGCUUUCGUCCACUAACGAGGAUAUCAAUCCGUCUUCAUCCAGCUGCUCCUGUUGAGGGGCGAAUCAAAGGAGGGCACAAUAGUACGCUUCCAUUUGCUCCUGCAGUAGAGUUACUCAGGCAUUACGUUUUCAAUGCCGCCCAGCCAGAAACUAACCAUUCCUCUGCCUGUAUAUCUUUUGUACUUACGAGUGCUGUGAACUCAGUGGCUGCAGCUCCAGGUGCUUCCACAGAAUGUGCAGUGCUACAAGGACCAUGUGUAAACCAUUUUUAUCCUAUUUGACAUUUAAGUGUCAUUUGGAGCGGGCACCAUAUGUCACUGUAGUACUUGUACUACAUCUCCGAGUGUAUUUUUUUACGUUACUGUUGUGUUUUGUCUUGUUGCAAUGCAAGCCAGCAGGUGAUGUGGCUUGAAAAAAAAAUGGACUUGAGAACUUGCUUUUUUAAGAACGAGAUCUCUAUUUCUUUUAUUCUUCAUAGUUCAUUGUUGGAGGACAUUUUUUGAUGGCUGAUGGAAACCAGAAAUAAGGUUUCUCGUCACACAUUGACACACAGCUAUUACGAAGGGGCUGUGUUUCUUGUUGAAUCAGCUGUGAAUAAGAAUGCUCACACCAUCAUACCUUGGAUGUCAGAAUAACAGAACUCGUGUAUUGGUGCCUUAUUCAAUUGUGAAGGGUCUUCACAUGAGUUGUAGUCAUUGUGUGGUCACAUAGUUAGCUCAGGCACUUUCACACCUCUGUAAAUUUUUUUGUGGUGUGCAUUUUACUUUUUCUGCAUAUUGAUGUCAUUGUUUUCAUAAACAUGAUAAACAUGGACACUUAUUUGCUGUUUCUAAAUGCAUAACUUCAUUCCACCUCAUGGUAUGUGUGUGUGACAUGUCAUAUUUUGCACAGCUCAAGGUGUCAUUGAGGUGGAUACAGUCAUCGGUAUAUAUUUAGAAUUGCAGCGCCCCAUGGAAUAUUGUUCGCUCUUGUUUCAAGAUUUCACAGUCUCCCUAGUAAAUAUAUUUUCUGAAGCUUAUUGCAAAUAUUAAGCAUAAACACGCAGUUGGCAGUGAUAAACCAUGCACUUUAUACAGUUUAUAGAUUGAGUCAAAGGAGUGUUAGUUACAUUUUAAAAGUCAAAAUAUUUUUAUAUGCCCUCUUCCAUGGGCGUUUGGCAUUCGUUGGAGAAAUGGUGUCAUACCUGAAGUGUACAGUAUGCUGAAGUUUAAGCUGACAAUGUUCCCGACAUCUCAAGUGCCAUUGUGUUAUGCCAGCAAGCUUUUGGCAAGUUGUUUUGAUGCCAUCAGUGUUUUAUAAUAAAGUUCACGCAGGUACUUUUCAACUGCUGUUUUGCUGUGACUUUAC